AUGUCCGCGCCUACCCAGACCACCGGAGCCCCCGCCGCCGCGCCCGCCACUGCGCCCGCCGCUGCGGGCCAGGCGAUCCCCCCGCACCCGACCCAGCGCAGCGCGCAGGACAACCUCCACGCCGCGGCGGGCGACUGGCGCUCGGCGCUCCUCAACCUCCGCAACAACGUCACGGCCAACUUUAACCAGCUGCACGACAACCUCCAGACGUCGCUCGACCAGCUCGACAGAGACUCGGCCCCCGCCAUCACCGACGUCCAGAACAGCUUUGAGCAGACCCGCAUCGACCUCAACCGCCGCCUUGACGAGCUCGCCGCCCAGUUCCAGGCCAAGCACCCCGGCAUCGUCAACAAGAUCAACGAGCUCGGCGAGCAACACCAGCAGGGCGGUGCCGCUGCUGCUGCCCCCGGCGCCGUGCCCACGUCGAUCCCCGCCGCUGCUGGCGCCACGACCGCCGACCUCAAGCCCGCUGCUGCUGCCCCGACUGGCGCUGCGCCGGCUGCCGCCGCCCCCGCUGCUGCUCCCGCCGCUGCGCCCUCGGCCGCCCCCACUGCCAAGUAG